AUGUGCUCCGGUAGUUUUGUAAGGGCAUCUGGGAAAUCUUCAGUCCGGAAUAUCUACAAAACCCAACCUAUGAGGACUGCAGAGACUGCUAGAUAUGCACGGUUCAGUGCACGGUUUCCCAGGGAUGAUGGGAAGCAUCGAUUGCAUGCACUGAGAGUGGAGAAACUGCCCGGUGGCGUGGAAAGGCCAGUUCACUACUGGAUUCAAAGGAAGACAUCCCUCGAUGAUCCUAGAAGCCGUUCGAACAACAACAUCAACGUUCUGCAGUCAUCGCCUCUCUUCAAUGAUGAGUGCCGGGGGGAGGGUCCAGAAAUCAGAUUUGUGGCCAACGGCACCCAGUACCACAGGGGAUACUAUUUGGCUGAUGGGAUAUACCCUCGUUGGUCCGUAUUUGUCAAGACAAUUCGGCAACCGGUUGGACUGAAGAAAACUUAUUUUGUGCGAAAACAAGAGGGUGCUAGAAAGGGUAUUGAGCGAGCUUUUGGUGUGCUCCAAGCGCGGUGGGCCAUUUUACGGUGCCCGACACGAGUUUGGCACGAAGAUGAUGUCACGAAUAUCAUGUAUGCGUGA